GUUGAAGACUCUGUAUUCUUCAGGGCACCCAUCAAUGCCGCAUAUUACACGGAAAUCGGGAUUGCGACCAUGUGCAGUGUUAAUAUGGCUUAAGAGGGACUUCAGCGUUAAGGCAACAAAAACGAAGCAAAUCACACACCUCCAACAGGCCAUUUUGUGCUCCAAAAAUUCUUGCAGGCAGAAGCUGACAGUAACUUCAACUAGUUUAGCGUUAGACUUAUUUAAAACUCCUCAAAUGACAAAUUCAAGUCUUCCUAGCUUAGCGACAUAAACGAUUUAUAAAUCAAACAAGCAGUCCAGCAGUCCACAAACCAGUCAAGUCCACCCCACACCACCAGUAAUUACACUCCCAGCUAUUGUUUUUGGCGGAGUCCGGCGGGAGCAAGGCGCAUUGGUUUGGUCUAUACCAAAUCAGGAAGUAGGGGGGAUUCAUUCUAAAAGACUCAAUUUAACUUACAUAGUAAUGCAAACAAAAAUUAUAAAACAAGUUUAACGAUUAAUAUUCAAUGUAAAGUCGUAAUAUCCACGUGUUAUCUAUUUUAAUUAUAACUUUUUAGAUUUAGACUGAUAUGUUUCGUGCAUACACACACACCUCCCCUCACUGUAGUCAUGUGGUCACGUCUGCACCUGCACCCAGAGCCAACGGUCAGCCAUUUGAAUUCCGGGAGAAGAGGGAAAGUAUUUAUCACAAUAAGGAGAAAAGGAACAGAGGCAAUUAAAGGGACAACAAGACUGGGACAAUCAUGGAUGAACUGGAUAAUGUUACAGUUUCAAUUUUAAAUGCUGCCGGCAUUGAUGAGGCCUUACUCCACACCCUCAGUCGUGAUGAUUUGAGAGACCUUUUUCCUGGGCCAGAGCACUUUCUCAGGAGGAAACGAGUGUGGGCUGUUAUUAGCCCAGAGGAUCAGAAUCCCACCUUACCAGACAAAACUGGCCCUGUUGACACAGGACCUGUGUCGUCACCUGGAGGAAUGUCCCCAAUCUGCCCCCAGGCAUCCACUCCUUUAGUGAAGAAAACCCCAAAGAAAACCCUACAGCUUCCCAGUCCUCCAGAAUAUGUUGUCUACACAGACAGUGAGUUAGAGCAAGUGCGUAAACACUACUUUGAGAUGGUCUCCACUGGCAGAGAGAGGAAUGUAUUAUGUCCAAAGAGCUGAGAUGCAGGCUAGUGAGGAACACUGUCACCAGCAUGAUUUCCAUCUUGAGCGAGUCAGCAAGGAGAAGAAGUCCGAUACCCUACCAGGCACGAAAUCACUGCAAUGGCUAGGAGACUAGUGGAGUAUUAUCCCAUGCUACAGGAUGAAGACAAAACGCAUAUGACCAUUUUCAAGAAUCUUCUCAAGAGGCUGCAGAAUGUGAAGUCCCCACAAAAGAGGCAGGGGCCCACACCUGUGAGAGGCCAUUCAAAGAAAAGGCAUCAGAUUGACUUCGCAACAAGUGACAAGGAGGGAGAGGAUUAUGAUGCAGACUCAAGUGGUGGAUCAACAAUUAUUUUGCAUCAAAGAUCUGGGAGCAGUUCUGAUGAUAGCCUCACUUCAUUGGAGAGUCAGGAUAGUCUGGCAACCCAGGCCAGACAUUACAACACUCUGCAAGCGAUGUACAAGAAAUCAAAACCCAACCAAGAUGCUGUCUCCCAACUCCUUGACCUUGAGUUUGAAGCAAGAAGAGCCUUCAUUGACUGUAAUGUCCUGAAAGAAGAGGACAGGCCAACGAAGAUCCUGGAUGCAUAUCCAUGUUUCAAGGAACUUCAUCAUGUGAUGGAUGAGCUGCGUCGGAUCCUGGAUAAGGGCAACAAGAAAUUCACUGAUGAAGUAAAGAAGAGAUGGGAAGACUUCUGUGCCAAGGUGCAAUUUUACGGUGUUUGGAAGAAAGUGAUGAAACCACCUAUGAACAUGGAUGGAGUGGAACACGCCAUAGAGCUGGUCAGGGCACUCCCCACACUCUUUCCUUCACCAGCUGCACCGCCUAAGAAGAUUGGACAUGCCAGUGAGGCAUUGCUUCAUGUCCUUCAGCCAACAGAGGAUCCCACCAUCUACCUCCAGAAGAGACCUCUCUCCAGCCCUCUAUUGCUCUUUGAUGGGUCCCGCUGUCUGGUCGCAAUCGGAACCACUCCCAUCACCACAUUUGCCAAGGAAGAACUCGGUGAAGGUCUACUGUAUCUGAUGGCUUACUACUACACCAUCCACCUUACAUAUCCAAGGUGUGUGGCAACCCUCCUCUCGGUCAUACAGACAGAAAUAUUACAUGACUCACUUCAUGAGAGAGACAACACUCCCUCAUACAAACGAGCCAUGUCAGAGUGGAAAAACUUUAUUGGGACGUAGAGCUGUGCUCUAGGGAUAAGUAUUGUUAAAAACAAAAACAAAACCACUGACACAGUUUCAGUGUUCAGUGUCAUGACGUUGUUAAGAAGUACAAGAGAAAACAUUGAAGAUGAAAGUUGAAAGUCUUCCUUUGGUUCAUAAAAAAAUAUUUCUGAUGGCUUUUCUUUCUCAACCAUCAAAACAUAUGUGCUACAAAUGUUCUGCAUGACAGCACUUUAUAGAGCUGGGUUUCAGUAGUAAUUAAAUAGUUUUAGAUGUUUAAGACAUUUAAUUAGGUUUGCAAACGUGGUGGAACACAAAAGCACUGCAUUAUUGUACUAGUUUUGAGUGAUGUCAUGUCACAUUGUGAUUGGAUAUUUACUUGCAAAGCUUUUAUUGCACUUAAAGUAAUAUGAGUAUGAGUGUAGUUCAAACUCCAGUAAGUUCCUUCACCUGGUUUGGCUCGGCUGCAUGUGCAGCACACACAUGCAGAUUGCAUAUCUGUAUUCCUUCAGAGUUCAAUAUCACCUGCAAAAUGUAAGGUUUAUUUGGAAAUAGUGAGUGGGAUUUGAAAAGGCUCCCAUCAAUGAUGUCAUUUUUGAAACUGACCGAAUAAUAUGAUGUAUG